AUGCCGUUGUUUGCAUUGGCAAACUCAGUGCAUGAGGUUGUAUCGGCAAGGAGGGGGUUGCAGGUGUUGUUCGUAAACAUCCACGCCAUAGCUGAGGAUGAUGAUGAAGGAUGGGUUUCAGGCAAGAACAAGUUAUCCUGA